GUGAAAGUCUCGAGAGUCAGAAUCAGAAUCAGAAUCACAAUCACAAUGAUGUGGAAAGAGACGUUGACGAACGCGUGAGAAUAACGCGACGCCGAUAACACCACCAUCGCCACCAUUUCCGACCCACCUCCGACCCCAACUGCUCCGGACAAUGCAAGGCGGCGACUGUUUCAAGGCCAACGUCCCUCAUCUUCCCGCCGAUUCCCCGCCGGCGAUUCCUUGCCGAUGUGGCGCCGGAUUCUGCAGGUUAUUGGCUUCGAAGACCCCGAAGAACCCUGGCCGGAGAUUCUACACCUGCCCUUCUUCCGAGCAAUGCGGGUUCUUCAAAUGGUAUGAUGGGCCGACCGACAGAAAGAUCUUGCCCCGACCGGUCUGCCCUUGUGGUUCUGGACCUUGCAGAAGGGAGACACUGCAGUCGGGACCCGACGCCGGUAGAUCAUACUUCGUGUGCGGCAUAAAGAAGAAUUUCGGGGCUUGUGCAUUUUUCCAGUGGGAAGAUGCCCAAAUCCCAUCUGAACCUGGAGAAGGGCAUCACGGUUCUUCUUCUCCCUCUAGUGGUGUUUCGGGUUCUGGUUCAGUAGACGAAAAGAAUUACCGAGCGGAAACUGAUAUGAUUUGUGAAAACGGGGAAGGUAGAAGCCCCAGAAACGUUGUGGCCGAGACUACUUCUCCCGCCAAUGGAUUCACUCCGUCGAUACCCUUUGAGGUGAAUGAAGUUAAUCAAGUGACAGACGCAACACAUCAUGUUUCUUCUUUUAAACCCGACAAAGAAUGUCCAGUUUUCGUCGCUGGGAAUGAAAUCCGAAUGGAGGAGCCAAACCCGAUUAAUUCGAGAUCGAACAGCCGGGAAAUCACUUCAUCUGCUGCAUUUGGCAUGAACCACCAAGAUGCGAUUCACCAUGAAACCGAAGAGGAAGUGCUAGACUCACAAACCCUAAAAGAUGUCGAGCAUGGAGAGCCCGUGGAAGGCGAUCAGCUAACAAAUGGCGAUCUUUCAGAGUUCACAAGUAAGGAGAGUUAUGAAUGGGAGGUGGAGGAUGAAGCAGUGAGUGUUUUGCUCUCAACCCAUGAAUAUGAAACCACUAGCAACGAGACUAACAACUCAGACCUCAUCCAAGAAGCUGUAAAGCAUCAACCUUUAUCCGUGCUUCCAUUCGCAAAUGCUCCCUCCUUGCUUGACCUAAUCGAGCAGUACCACUCCGAGAAGUUCAAUUUCGAGACUGUUUCUUUGAGAUGCUUUGAAGCAUUCAGUGGAUUUGUGGGUUCAUACAAGCAACUGAAGUCGCUCCAUGAGAAAGCUCAUCGUCUAAGGAAACUUCUCGUUCAGACAGAGGAACAGAUAGCUUGUUGUGAGGCCGAGACAUUGGAGUUUGCAGUUAGUGUCGGAGAGGUUUCUGGUCAGAUGAAAGAGUCUCAGAACAGAAUGCAGGAAGCAGCUGAGAAAUUGGCAAAGGAGAUUGAAGUUUUCAGGCAAAGGUACAUUUGCAAUUCCCAGAGAGAGAUAGAAGCUGACGCCAUGAACGAGAGGAGUGAUUAGCUUUCUUUUGUUUAAAUAUCCUACGAAGGGGGGAAAUAAAUGUAUUGACACGUAUGUAUUUAUGGCCAUGUAACAUGAAACUCUGUUAUAUUAUCUGGUUAUUGGUCGAUAUGUAAGUUCAUCAUCA